UCCUCACCCGCCGACAUGAAUCCAGUUCUGGUGACGCUGGCCUGGUCCCUGGUGGUCUCGGCGCGGGCCCAGUCGCCGUCGCACGACCACCACGACAUGGGAUGGGUGAACGGCUUCCGGCAAGGUUUCAACUUCCAGUGCCCCCACGGCGAGGCCCUGGUGUCCAUCAGGAGCUACUUCAGCGCCGCCGACGGUUCCGACCGCCUCUGGUCCUUCGAGUGCCAGCCCACGCCCGAGGGACUGGGCCACCCCACCGACUGCUGGUGGGACGACAUCAAUCGUGCCGGCUUGGAGUGGACUUCCAAGUGUACCCGUAACGGCCUUGUAGCGGGCGUACAAAGCAAGUAUUUUGAGAGCGUCCUGGACCGGGAAUGGCAGUUCUACUGCUGCUACUACGAACGCAGAUGUCCAUACUCCUGCAUGAGGACCAACGACAUUCCGGAACAACACCACGAAGAGGGCGAGCUGGUUGUUCCCAGCUACGGCUACUUCAUCCGAGGAGCCCAGACCACCUUUAGCGGAGUGCUCAGGGAUCGCCAGUGGAAGUACAUCCUGUGCAGGAUGACCGACUUCGACUGCGAAUUUGAGAAUUUAUAGACAUGUCCAAGUAACACGUCUUGUUUACCUGUUAAAUAAUGACAACCAUGUGGUCCCCGCAGUUACUUUUUAUGGGCCAACCACAGGCCCGUAUAAUCCACAUUUACUAGCAUGCACAUAAAAAUCUAAAAACAUUAAAACAUCAAAUGUCAUUUAGUUGUGGUUAGUUACAGGAAGUCACAUUCAUUGUAUGUUUGACAACUGUACAAAUAUUUUUCAAUAACCGAAAGAUUUUGUCAUCCAGUGGUAUGUGGAUUUAUUUUCUCCCACCAUGUCAUCCAAAAAGUCCAACCGUAUAAAACACAAGGAAGGUUUCAAACUGGCCCCCUUUUGGUGCUUGCUCAAGUGUAAACUCCAGAAGCCAAACUAAAUUGGACCAAAUCAAAUGGUUGACAUGAUUUAGGUGGAGUCCUGUCCCAAAGUCUGAGAUUGCUUCCUCGAAACCACUUUGACUGGCUUCUAACUGCUCUACUCUCUCGGGUCUCUCCCAAAUAGCCGAGUUACUCACCAAAUCAUUUUAGAUAAUCCCAAAUAUCCUGCGGAUGACCCAGGUUUUGGCACAUAACUUCAAGAGAUAGACUGGACUAGUGGUUUGGACUGGUGGUGGGAGAAUCUCUGUCCCGCCGACAUUUAUUCCGUUCACAUGGCAGCUGUGUCCCAAGAUACGGGAGUCACGGGCUAGACCAAUGAAGGAAGGCCUCUGGGACGCAUUAAAACCCAAUUAAGUUUCCCAAACCUGGGAUUGUCUGGCUCACAGGGGUAGCAGUCUGAGCAGGGUAGCCCUGACUUCUCACUCCAAUAACAUCUAGUUCCACAGGGAGGAAAACCACGAGGCGACUCUUGUGCCAGCUGCAAGACAUGGACCCUAUGGUGUAUCCCAGGUCUACAAGUUAACAGCCCAAGAAAAGAACUUGGUGACUAAUUCAAAAGGACAUUUGGUGUCUUCAACUUGAAUUUACCUGAGUCACCAAGUUCUAGCAAGAGGUCACAAAGGCGUUCCCUGGCCAGCUUCGAGACAUAGACCCUCAAGUGUGUCCUCGGAUUGGGAUGGAAUUAGCAAUUCAAUAAAAACCCGUUUGGGGUCCCGAAGUUGUCUGAGGUGGAGGUAGCAUUUAUUUGAACAGGGUACCCAAGACUUUUCUGUCUCUGGCCCGCUUCUUGAGUUCCUUUCAGUGGACAUUUAGGCCAUACCCAGGCCAAUUGUGUCUUAGGUAGGAAAAUACAGGGACCGAGGAAGAAAGGAAGGAAUUAGUGACCAGAUAAAUAGCCCAUUCCAAUAAAAAAACUCAUUUGGGGUCCUGAACAAGAGGAUUUUUUUAGUUGGAUGACAGCAGUCUGAACAGGGUUAGCCCAGGAGGAAGAAGUCAGGAAGUCAAGUCGACACUUUGUUAGCUUUCUCAUUUAUCUCACUUGUCCCAGAUUGGACUUGCAGCUUUCUUGACCGGACUGGUCCAGCCCCUUAGUGCAGUUUACAAAGUCAUUUGGAGGAUACAAUGAGCUGAGCGCACCGAGCGGGGCCUCUUGAGGAGAGUGCCGGGGUCUGGGCCAGCUGCUUUUCAGCACUGUUUGUUUACGGCAGCUGCCGUCUCGGGGCUGAGGGCCAAACACCGCCGCACUGGGCUGUCCCUUGCACCUCCGUACUGGAGCCACACGCCUGCUGAGUCCCCCCACCCCCUCGAGACCCAAAGUCACUUGGCCCAGUGAGAACUGUUCUUGUUCUUUCGAGACAUCAAUCUAUGUCUUUCUGCUCCUUGCCCGGCAAACAUUUAGUUCUCAUGGCGUGAAUAAGGGUGCGAGGG